AUGGCCUUCUCCCACUCGUUCCAUAACAAUGCCUAUGGAAGUCACCAAAGUAUGCCUUUCGACAAUUCCGUGCGGUCUGAACCGUCAUGGAAACUUGAAACCUAUCCUGUUGAACUGGCAGCUCAUGAUCCCGAGCUUUUCGAACUGUCGUUGAGCCCGCGCCAGGAUAGCCUACGGCAAUCCGACUUCAUCCAAAGCCUGGCCUCAACCCUGGUGAAACCAAGGGCUACGGACGAAUCUAGACCCCAGCGUAUAUCUACAGCGUUCCCUCAGCAGGAGGACACGGACGUUGUAUUGCUUUCCUUCGACUCUGUUGCUUUCCACGUUCAUUCUCAGACCGUUCUCGGCGCAUCAGACAACGCCUUUGGGUUCCGAUUGCUUCAACCCGGUAGGCAGGAAGAUGAUAAUGACGUUAUUCAAAUUGAUGAGCAUUCCGAGGUUUUAAACAUCCUCCUGCAUAUUAUCUACUCCAUCUCGUGCAUAUCCUAUCAGCCAUCAUUUGAAGUCCUCCAAACAGCGGCCGAGAGGAUGAGACACUAUGGCAUGGUUGUGAAUACCUAUGUCCAGCCGUCCACGCCAAUGUUCGAUGUCCUUUCUUCUCAUGCACCCGGUCGUGCGCUGCACCUCUAUGCGCUAGCUGCGCACUUUGACCUAUAUGAUCUCGCUGUCGUCGCGUCGGAGCAUCUCCUCUCUUUCAGACUCUCCAGCUUGACAGAAGACAUGGUCAAGCGGAUUGGUGCGCCCUACCUGAGAUGCUUAUUCGCAUUACACCUUGGUCGUAAAGAAGCGUUGAAGCGAGUGCUUAUCACACCUCCGAGAGGGCACCCCACGACCUUGAUGUGCACCGCUCGCUCGCAGGAACAAUUUGCGCUAGACUGGGUUCUUAUUGCUGCACAGAUUGUUUCGGACGCAAGUCCUGACAUAUCCUCGCAUUAUAUGGUUGCUCUGUUAAGACCAUUGAAGGACCAAACUUCGUGCGAGACCUGCAAGGCCAAUCUCUACAAAAGGCUUGAACAGCUAACUGAACAAUGGGGCUUAGUCAAGCGCACAAUUUGA